AUGUCAAAAAGCCUCACCUCUACAACUUUGAUAGCCAACUCUCCUCAACUUCUACUGUAUUACCUCUACUUCGCCUACAACAGCCUCUAUACAUGUAUGCUCAUGGGAGAAGAAUGGAGCGAAUUUGCCUAUUCUCGUAAAUCUCUUCGCGUCACCUCACCUCGUGAAACUCAACGCUCGACAUACCGACUUCAGCUUCCCUACCGUUAUGGUAUCCCGUUGAUGAUGUAUUCAGGGUUCCAACAUUGGCUCGUCUCGCAAUCCUUCUUUCUCGUUAUCCUCAAAGCAUAUGACGAUGCAGGAUUUUCAGAUCCAGAUCACGAUAUUACAACAUGCGGCUACUCGCCGAGUGCGGUAUUGGCUACUAUCAUUUUUGUUUUUGUUGGCGUCGUGACAGGCUUGGUGCUUAGCUGCCAAAAAUACAAGGCUGGCAUGCCGCUCGUAGGCAGUUGUAGUGCAGCUAUAACCGCUGCAUGUCAUCACCCUGUCAAUGACGGGAGGGCGAGCUUGAAGCCUGUGAAAUGGGGCGUCUAUGAACGGAAACAACAAAAGCGGACGAGUCCAGUCACAGUGAAAGACUUACCUACGAGGUUGAGUGUCGGUGCGGGUGCCAUUGCCUUUGAGCCCGAUCAUUAUCAACAAAGCUCGAGGAGUCCUGAAAAAGCGGAAUACUGCAGCUUUGCAAGCAUCAAAGUUCAGACGCCAGCAGAAGGCACACUGUAUCCUUCAAUGUUUUCGCAGAAACCCCUGCCAACGCUACCAAGGCUAGCUCUUGGCUCAAAGAAGAGAUCGGUGCGUGCCCACAUGCACCAGGUGCUACCUGGAUUGCAGGCCCAAUACUGGUAUUAG